UUUAUUGUAGAAAUUACCUUUAUAUUGUUAUGAUCAUGGUCGAUUAUUAUAAUCCAUUCUUGUCUACAGUAAUUAAUUGUACAUUAAAAGGUAGAUAAAGAAAAGGAAGAAGAAUUGGAAAUUCCUGGUUAUUUGCAUAUAUAUUUAUAUAUAGUAAAAUUUUGUAUUGACCGUAUGAUACAUCAAAAGACAAAGUAAAAAGAAGAAGAAGAAGAAGAAGAAUAAAGUUAUAAUCUGUCAAAAAGUGUCUGAUUUUAAAAUGUGUGAUGAUUCUGAUGCACAAAUGUAUAUUUACGAAAUGCCAUAUUUCAUUCGUAUGGAAUUGUGUAAAAUCUUAAAUCAAAAUGACAAAUGGGAAGAAUUAGCAGGAAAAGGAAUGCAAUUUGAAUUUGACAUUAUCAAUAGACUUCGAAAAGAUUCUAAUCCUACAAAUGAGUUGCUAACUAAGUGGAGUCAAUACAAUCACACAAUAUUAGAACUCUUUAGUCUUUUAUCAAAUAUGCAUCAUUAUCAAGCAAUGAAUAUUUUAAGGUCAUUGGUAGAUCCGCAAUAUCAUGUUCUUAUUGAUAAAGGAGAAGGAAAUAUGUUAAGAUUACGCAAAGAAAAAAAGACUAAAGAGAAGAAUAUAAGUAUUGAUACAAAAAAUUUCAAUCAAGCUUCUCCAACUCAAAAUAUUCAAAAAGUAAUCUUAAAAAAGACAGAAAAUGAACAAUGGCGUGAAAUAAUAAAUCAACUUGAAAAAUGUGGGAGUCCAACUCUUCCUCAAAGUUAUUCGAAUAAUCUUUUACAUGAAUCUCCAGUAGAUAAUAAUUUACCUCUAGCAAUGUUUGACGAACUUUCACUUGCCACUAAUGAUUGGAAUAAAACGAAUAUUUUGGGAAAAGGUGGCUUUGGAACAGUUUAUAGAGGAAAAUGGAAAAAUACUAAAGUUGCAAUAAAAAAAAUAGAACGUCGCAGUGGGAAGUCUGACGAGAGCUACGCUACACAACUUCAACAAUCUUUGAGGGAAAUAAAAAUUUUAAACUCACAUCCUCACGAUAAUAUUUUGGCUUUAUAUGCUUAUAGUUUAAACGGAGAAGCACCGUGUCUUGUAUAUCAACUUAUGCCGAAUGGAUCUUUAGAGGAUAUAUUAUUACAAAAACAUAAAAAGGAACCACUCUCUUGUGAACAACGAUAUAAUAUUGCUAUUGGAACCGCGAGAGGUUUGCAAUAUUUACACACUAUUGGAGAUAAACCUUUAAUUCAUGGAGAUAUCAAGAGUGCAAACAUUUUAUUGGAUAAAUAUUUUGAGCCAAAAAUUGGAGAUUUUGGUUUAGCAAGAGAAGGACCAGAAGAAAAUUCAAUCAAAGUGAGUAAAAUUUUUGGAACCAGACCAUACCUUCCUGAAGAUUUCAUUUCCAGUAGAAAUCUAUCAACAAAAAUUGAUACCUACAGUUUUGGAAUAGUAAUUUUUGAACUGGCAACUGGAUUGCCAGCCUAUGACCACAGUAGAUCAAAGUGCAAAUUUUUGAAGGAGUUAAUGGAUAAAUGGGAAGAUAAAGAAUAUGACAUUUUAGUGGAUAAAAAGGCAGGAUUUAAUCAGGUAACUUUUACUUAUUUGGUAACAUUGGGGAAGUGGUGUGCAAAUAAACUCGCACAAAAUAGACCUGAAAUGGAACAAGUUUAUAAAAAUUUAAGUGAUACUAAAAAUCGAUUUUUUAACUCGUCAACAGAGAUCUUCUAAGUAUAAAUAAUUAUAGUAGGACAGGUUAUAAUUUCGUUUAAAUGAUUCAUUGUUAUUUAAUGUUAAGUUGUUUGAAAGAGAUCCAUUUGUUAAUAAUUGUAAGUAGCUUCGUCGCUUUCCUAUCGGUUCAUUAUUUUCUUUCUUAUUUUAAUAAGUUAGAAAAUAAUUAAUUUGUUGUUUUUAAUGAAUUGGUUAUUUAAAAAUAGUAAUUUCUUUUUUUCAAUCUAUUUUUAAAUUCAUUAAUAAAUCAUGAUUUUAAAUCAAACUAUUAUUUGAUUAAUAUUUUAAAUACUGUUUUAUGAUAAAAAAUAUUUAUAUAUUAUGUUUAAACUGACAACCAAAAUGUAAUGUACGAAUUUUCAAAUUACAUGGGAGACAUUUUGUUACUAUUGAUUGAAAUAAAAAUAUUUUUUCUAAUAUUAAA